UUGCUGCCAAGUUAGGUAAAAAGAAAAGACCCUUCAACGGCGAAAUACAUUGCUAGCUCAACAUUAGUCGAUCGUUGAUCGCUACAUCGCAUUACCAAUAUGCCUUCAGAUUCUGAAGCUGAGACUCGCCAGCCGAGCAAUGAGCAGCAAAACAACGAAGAGCAACAGGAGGAAAACAACGACGUCUCCGAGCAAUCCGAACAAGAAAACGCAGCGGAUGAUCGUGACGACCAGACUGGUAGCGAGGCAGAGGACAAUAAACAGAACGAACAGAAACCCAUAGAGCCGGAAAAGCAACCGACACCAGCCAAAAAGGAGACGAAGCCCGCAAAAGAAGCACGGGAAGAAUCCGAGACGGGUUCGCGCCGAACACGACGUCGUCGCAACCGACCAUCGUGGAUCGAGUCGGAUAAGGAGAACGCACCAGCCAAGCAGAUGACGGUUCGACAGCAACAGCAGCAGCAACAACAAUGGCAAUUACAACAACAGCAACAAUACCAACGGCAGCAGAUGCAGAUGCAACAACAGCAGCAGCAGCAAUCGCAGUCGAAGGACGGCGGGAAGAACCCGCUCAAGCUACACCUUGAUCUGAAUCUUGAGGUCGAAGUCACCCUCAAGGCUAGGAUUCAUGGCGACUUGACUCUGUCGCUUUUGUAUGUACUCCCCAAUCUCGAAUCCAAACACCAUUUCCUUGCACACAUGGUAAGAGUAGCAGCGCAUCAAUUGCGAUGAUGCACUCCCACUCUAUAUUCUCUGCAAGUUCACUAGCCUUGUUUGUUCUGGAAUAACCCCAAACUAACUGUCAGUAAAGCGACACGUCGUAAAGAGCAGGGUUGAGGCACACGGCAUAGGCAAACAGGCAUUGAGAGGCACUGGGUGUCUCCCUUUACUCUUCUUCAUUUUGUUUUGUCCGACUUU